UUUAGGCAAAGUAUGAAAGUGACUAAUAACAAAUAACAAAAAGAACUUGGCACAAGUCGAAAACUGCCAUUGUUGAAUAUGCUACUGGCUCUAUCAAAACCAAGAGAACGACGCAAAUCAGCACCUGUUACAAUUGUCAAUUCGCGGGAACCUUCUCAACGUACCUGUGAAACUGCGGAAUCAAGGUGCAGUAGAAAAACUGGAUAUGAUACUUCUCCUCUUGUUUUGCAAUUAACGGAAGAAUUAGAAAGAACGAAGUUGGAUGAUGAACAAAUUCCAUCACCUCACAAUGAUGCUCUAAAUAUCAUCCAACAUCGAAAACAACAACGAUGUUUAUCGAAGCAUAAACGACGUUCAAAUGUUACAACCGAAAUUACUCCACACAAAUACACCGAUGAUCCACUGAUAGCUUGGGAAAUGAUUAAAAACAAUCGUCCUGUGAAGGCAGUUAGACAGAUGAAAUUAAGUGCACCGGUGAGACAUGAUGCUGUCCGAUUUGUUUGUAUGGCUUGUAUUCAUCAGUCAUUUCCGGAACCGCAAUCCGUUCCACCUGGCGAUAUUCUUAUCGUUGCGGGAGAUUUCACACUAUACGGUCGGCCAGAUGAAGUUGAACUUUUUAGCAAAUAUUUGAAACAACUUCCGCAUACUGUCAAAGUGGUAAUUGCUGGUAAUCACGAAUAUACAUUCGAUGAUCGUUUCAUGAAGGCUAAUGUUUUUAGCAAAUUUGGUGAGAAGCGGCUGGCUAUGAGACAAACUCUUAGCAAUGAAUUUUCAUUACAAGAAAUGAAAAAUGCUAAAGCAAAAUUGGGAAAUGUUAUUUAUUUAGAAGAUAGCUUAUUGGAAGUAUUUGGCAUUCGAAUUUAUGGAACGCCAUGGCUACCGGAAUAUGAUGACAUGGCUUUUAAUCUGCCUCGAGGACAGGCGCUGCUUGAUAAAUGGAAUGAUAUACCAGCUGGUGUCGAUGUUCUUAUCACUCAUACACCCCCGCUAGGGCAUGGGGAUAUGUUGCCAAUGGGACUACACGUCGGAUGCGUCGAAUUAUUGAAUUCUGUAGUUAAACGUAUUCGACCUAAGUAUCACGUUUUUGGUCAUAUUCACUCAGGAUAUGGCUGUACAACGGAUGGUUACACAAAAUUUGUCAAUUGUUCUUUGGUGGAUGAUCAAUUACAGCUAGUAAAUAAUCCUAUUAUUUUUGAUAUAUCUGUAGAUGUGAAUAAGAAAGAACGUUGGAUAUACAAAUAUCGUCGAGCUGUUAAGCAUAGCAUCUAAUGUGAUGAAGAUGUUAAUGAUGAAUGGUAAUAAUGUUGUUAAUGAAAGAAUAAAUGAAUAUAUCAAGGAUUAUUCUUAGCUUGAAUAAUUUUUAAAUUUUAUGUAGAUGUGAUUUAUAUAGG